GUGGUCCCCGCACUCCGCCCAUUGUAACCUUCGGGCUGCAAUCUCAACCACAUUCAACUGAUGUGCAGCGCACUCAGAGCGCCCAGUUACUUCCCUUGAAUGCCUCGCAACGCGGUCAGGCGCUCACUGCGCGCUCACAGCGUUCACAGUUCAUGCCUGGUGAGACCAUUGCCAUCGUAUUACUCCCUUGUUCGCUUGAAGAGGGUAGGCAGAUCUUCAACCGCACCUUCACAAUCGCCAAUGCGCAGAAGACCGCUUUCUUUGCGGCAUUGAAGGACCAUGGCUUUGUCUGUACUGUCACAGUAGACGAGCACACACUGAUCAAGCCCAUCCUCGACGAACAUAUCCGUCGUCUCUGUGAGCAGCACCGAAUCGCGCUACCAGGCUCGCAGGGAAAUUGGACACUGCCAGCCAUACGUAUGAUACGUACUCAGUCGGAUGGUGACAAGCUUCAGUUCUACAAAGCCAGUGCACAGACUGCGUUGAACGCGUCAUCGACGUUGACUUCAAUCAAAUCAAGGCUUACCAAACUGCGCGGUGUUUUAACGCCCAACCAAGUCGUAGUUCCUAUAGUUCCUGUCCAUGCGGCAAUCUCUUCCCCUAUCACCGUGUUCGUCACGGACGCAUACCCUCAACAUGAGCUUCUCCAUCGAUGCUACCCGGCGCGGUUCUUUGCGCGGCUUGCACACCCCUCCUCACCUAGCCACACGGAGGAUCCUGCUGCGCUAUGCGAGACCCACAGCUGUCUCUCCAAUCCACCGUCUGUCCCCGCUGACUGGAUCUCAUUACCACCACCACCACCGCCAGCUCCUCUUGCUCUGUCGAAUGUUGGCGGCGAUCCUAGUCCUGGCCCUGAGUAUAGCUCACUUCCCUUUGUCCCUGGGCCAUCUGUACGCAUGUCAACCACUUCACCCAUGUCCGCUGUCCCUCCCUUUGUGGCGCCUCUGAACCUGAACGAGGCUACUUCACGCACUCAGCGCAUUAUUACGCCUGCUCCUGUCCCUGAACGUCGUACAACGUCCACGGAGUCUAUAGAUCCUUCAUUGCUAACUCUCACUGCGUCUAACUCGUUCAACGUGCCCAUUGCUCCUGUUCCUCUUCCCAUCCCUGCUAUACCCAGCGCACUUGAAGCUGAAUCCCGACUUCAGCCAGCUCCGGUUCACAUUCCCAUUCCUAGUCUUGCUCCGUUCCCCCAUAUUGAUGCACUCUAUUUUCCAAAUGACAACUCACGUGCCCGAGCCACUAUGGGUGCUGCAAAUGCAAUUCCGGCUACUGUCCUUGGGGUCUCUCGUUCGCGCUCAUUGAGUAUGGAGGAAUUUUCGGCAGCGGCAGCACCACCCUCUCACCGCCAACGACUUCAUGACGGUGUCUUAUCCCAGAACACUGAUCUGACAAUGCCAGGUAGUUCCGCCACACGUCCCAUAGAUAUAGACUUGCCGAUUGGGAACAACAUAUCAAAUUCUGGACGUACCGGCACAUAUGCGGAAGUUCAAGUUGGGUUACUGCCCACGCCUGCAACCACAAUGAGCUGGAAGGACGAGCUACUUUCGUCGGUCACUACAGAUCUAUCUAUGACCCUCAAGUUUCAGAAAGGUUUCCUACGUGCAUCUACUGAAACUUGGCGGAACGACGGUCAGGCCCAACUGCAUAUCGAGGCCACAAGUCGCCAGUCAAGUGCCCGUGCAGUUCUCACUCACAUUGCCUACAUGAUCCGCCGCAGGGAUGGGCAAGUCACGACUCUCGAAGGCUACAGGGAACCGCGUGGAGCCACUGUGCAGACGCCUGAGACCGCUCGUCUCUCAUCCUACCUCCACCCAUAUAGCCGUGGCAUCUCUAUUCGCCCUUCUAUCGGACGUGGGCCUGAGCUGGCUACGUACUUUGAGAUCCUGAGAUCUCUCAACGACAAGCCCGAGGGCUUGAACACUCCGUUCGAGUAUCCUCCGCAUGUCACGCAGCCAAUGGGUGUCCCACCGUAUCUCUGGGAGGAGCGCAAUGGGUUUCUUGUGCCCGCAUUGGAAGACAUCGCAUUGGAGGAUCAUCGUGCGGGCAUCUUCAUCAGGAAAAAAGAGAAUUGCCACAUGAUACAAUGUAGCCUACAUAGUGUCCAUAGCCCCCUUUGCAUACCCCCCUUUAUAUUGUGCAUGAUAGCUCUGGCAUCUGGCCUCGUAGCACCUCAUAACACCCUGUAGCACCACACCUGGGCUCCAUAGUACACCAUAAUUGGGCUGUAGACCAUCAUAGAUACACUGUAUUGACAGUAUACAGAGAUUCCGAAUCCACCACUAGAUUCAAUAAUAGGCAUCA